AUGUCCAAGGGAGAAAUUAACCAAACUCAUUAUGACAAAUUGAUGGAGAUUUUUAUAGGAUAUAAUGAUGUCUACAAUGCUUUGUACAAGCUGAAAACAAAUGACGAAGAAAAAUUAAACGCAAUUUACAAAAAAAUCAAACAAAACCUGAUUGACUCUUAUCAAAUUUCUCCUGGUGAAAUUAUCAAUGAUAUAUCCGAACUUUCAAUUUAUAACAACCGCUACAUGAAGUCAUAUUUAGCGAUUGCCAAACAAAUUGUUGACAAAUACCAUCUAAAUCAGGUCAACGAAAUCAACAAAGUUUUUAAUUACCUUUUCUACAAAGAAUACAGUAUUGUUUUAGAUGAAAACUUGAAAUUUUUUAACGAAUUUGAAAAUUCUCAUUAUUCAUCUGAUAUUCACGAACAAAAGACACUUCACAGAUCUAUUAUGGAUGAUGACAAAAUAUCAUUGAUAAUUUUUACAGAAGGAGAAGAAUUUGAUAAAAGACAAAAAUUAGAUAGUGAUUUAUAUCCAAUUCCAGUAAUUAAUACGUUACUUGAAUUAUGUUGUUAUCAUGGAUCUGUUGAUUGUUUUAAAAUAUUAAGAACGAAAUUUCAAUCAGAAAUAACUUCAGAUUGUCUUAGAUAUUCAUUUUUGGGUGGAAAUCCAGACAUUAUGAAUGAAUGCUUGAAAGUACAAAUACCAGAUAAUCUAUGCAUGAAAUAUGCAAUUAUAUCACACAACAUUGAUUUUGUCACGUUUUUGAUGAAUGAACACAACAUAAAAAUUGAUUUAGAAUUGUGCUCUCAAUACAAUAAUCUCCAAUCAUUUUUAGUUUAUUUGGACCAAACAAAUGAUAUCAACACAUGUUUUGUUUAUUCUCCGAAUUUCCAUCUUUCAUCACUUUUAGAAUAUCUUAUUUCUAAAGGCGCAGAUAUCAAUGCUAAAUCAAAAAAUGGAUGUACCCCUCUUCAUUAUGCAGCCAAGAAUAAUAACAAAGAAAUGGUAGAAAUCCUUAUUUCAAAUGGCGCAGAUAUCAAUACUAAAACUAAAGAUGGAUUUACCCCUCUUCAUUGGGCAGCCAUGAAUAAUAACAAAGAAAUGGUAGAAAUCCUUAUUUCUAAUGGAGCAGAUAUCAAUGCUAAAAUUGAAGAUAGAUCUACCCCUCUUCAUUAUGCAGCCAUGUAUAAUUGUAAAGAAAUUGCAGAAAUCCUUAUUUCAAAUGGCGCAGAUAUCAAUGCUAAAACUAAAGAAGGAUUUACCCCUGUUCAUUAUGCAGUCAGGAAUAAUAGCAAAGAAACGGCAGAAUUUCUUAUUUCAAAUGGGGUCAUAUAG